GGGCUUCCAUGCCAUGAACAGCACCCUGGGGGAUGUCCAGGCCCCAAGCUAUCGCAAGUGCCUCCUGCCUUCCAUGGCCCGGACCCCCUCUGUCACCCAGGUCACGCCAGCCAAGAAGAUAACUUUCCUCAAGCGAGGGGAUCCCCGGUUUUCCGGGGUUCGCCUGGCUGUCCACCAGCGCACCUUCAAGAGCUUCGGCACGCUGAUGGACGAGCUCUCCCAGCGUGUGCCUCUCUCCUUUGGGGUGCGCUCUGUCACCACACCCCGGGGCCUGCAUGGCCUCAGUGCCCUGGAGCAGCUGGAAGAUGGUGGUUGCUACCUCUGCUCCGAUAAGAAGCCCCCCAAGACCUCCAGUGGGCCAGGCCAGCCACCGGGGAGAAGCACCGCCGCUCAGCGGUCACAGGAUGUGGAAGACCAGUGUGAGGCACCACGGACACCGUCUUCCCAGAGGGGUCCCAAAGCCCCACGGAGGAUAAUGCUGGUUAAGAAUGGGGACCCUCGAUUCCAGCAGACAGUGCUUCUCAGUCGUAGAAAUACAAGGAGCCUGACGGCCUUUCUCAGCAAAGCCUCAGACCUUCUGCUCUUUCCUGUGAAGCAGGUGUACACAACCAGUGGGGAAAAGGUGGACUCUCUGAAGGCUUUACUGCGUGGCCCCUCGGUGCUGGUGUGUGCUGGUCACGAGUCCUUCAGACCUCCGGCAGUGGAAGGUGCCAGAAAAAAUGGGACUGAAACAUCAUUAGGGCAGACUUCAAGGAACAAAAAUGGGAGCUGGGGGCCAAAGACCCAGCAGAGCGUGAUCCACUCAAGCUCCAGGACGGACAGCAGGCCGCCGCGGUUUUCCUUGCUGUCAGAGAGGCCUGGUCUCAGUGACUCCUUGGUGUCCCUGCAUCGUGCCUGGAUGGGCCCUACUCCUGAAAGGCCCCCUCAGGACACACCUGCCCAGCUUGGCCCAUUGGUGACCGGUGAUGAUGUUGAGAAGAAGGUCCGCAUGAAUGAGGACGGCAGCCUGUCUGUGGAGAUGAAAGUCCGCUUCCACCUACUUGGCGAUGACAUGCUCCUGUGGUCCCGGAGGGUCGGGAGGGAUAGCGCCCUCACAGCAGCCCACGGGGAGGCAGACGCCCUCCACUGUGUGUGGGAGGGCCACCCUGGGGGCUCCUCAGAGCCUGGGGCACAGAGACAGAAGGCAGGUGAAGCAGGAUGCAAGGAAGCCUUUGAACAAGGCCGGUGGCAGCCAGGGUCUAGAUAUGAGAUCUGGACGAACCCCCUAUACACCGCCCAGGGAGACGCAACAGCUUCUCGUAGGAGGUCUGGGCUGACCCAGCACUCCCACUCCAGGGGUGCCUGGAGCCAAGGGCUCACCAGCAGGCAAAGAAGCAUCAAGGAGAGCGUCAGCCCUGCCUCCAGUGACAGACCCCCCGAAGGCUCUGGGCCGAACUCCUCCUGCUGCUCCAGGUCCCGGGAGGGCAGUGUGGGCAGCUGUGACCUGUAUCUGGCCUCCAGGGCUGCCUCCCAGAGAAGAGCAGGGCAGGAAGCUGAAAGCACGCCCUGGGCUGGUGAGGGCCCGGGUCCAGAGGCAGCAGGGCGGGGCAGCAGGGAGCACCACUGCCUGAAACCCAGGACCCAAGGUGUGGCAGGUACUCAUUCUGACUCCUCAGCAAGUGCCAGGUCUCAUGAGGAGUCCAUUGAAAGGGAUAAGUGGCACCAGGGCCACCCGAGCAUGACGAGGGCUGUGAUUUCCUCAUGGAAGGCCACCCAGAGGGGAGGACCCAGGUACUCCACCAUGAGUCCCUCGCCUUUGAGGAACAAGGACCCACAGGCAAAGGAAAACGGGAAGGACCCUGGAUACCCCCAGGCCAGGGGUAGGUCUGGGACCAGGUUGCCCCUGGAUGGGGACCAUUUUGGCUCUGGGGACACUGCUGGAGGCUGUUCCCCACCUUCGGCCCAUCCCUCAGCCACAGGUGGGAGAAGAAUGCAGGAGAGCAGAGUCAGUGCUGUGUCCUCACCCAGCAUUUCUGGCAUCAGCCGAGGGGCCCAGAGAGACUGCCCUGGGCAUCACCACAACCACAGGGACACCCACUGUCUGCUGCACUCACCUGUGUCCAGGCAAAUACCGGGGCCUCCCAGCAUACCCAGGGCUAGUCCAGUACCACACCGUUCUGGAAGCUCUUCUAGCACCAGGAACCGGGCCUCCCAAGAUCCAGGGCCAUCCUCCUCUGCCUCCCUUCAUUCCCAGGACGCAGAAGGGGUCAGCAGUGCCCUCAUUACACCUGUGAGCAAUUCAGACUGUGCUUCCAAUUUCUACCCCCCAUCUUGUCUCUCUGCUGAUACAGAAGGGGACCCUGAGUUCAGCUCUUUCAGGUCCCAAGCUGAUGGCCUAGGCAAAAAGGCUGGGGGUGACAUCCCCAAACCUCCCCAUCCCUUGAUUCUGUCAGUUGGACAGCAUGAGGGGGAAAAGCCAGGAGCCCACCAAGGGGCCUGCUGUUCACAGAUGGGCAUAUCCCCGGUUCACAGGACGCCGGGUGGUAAGACUCAGGCCCUGCAUGUCCCCCAGCCUCAGGGCAGCCAGGGACCCUUCUCUGAGGCCUGCUUGGUAUAUAGCAGGCACUGCCCCACUCCCCCCAGGGCACAGCCCUCUGUCAAGAAACACCCAUUGUGCAGCAGCCGCCACGGCAAUGAAGACCACAGUACUGAUUGGGGGGCCGAGCCAGGGGAGGAAAAGCUGGACUUGCAGCACCCACAGGCCUCCAGCUCUCAGUCCGGGGCCAUGGGGGUGGUAAUCAGAGCCCCAAGAAGGAGCAGCCCUAGCCUAGGUCCUGGGCCUGGAAGAAUGUUCCAGGGGCAGGUCACUGGUGCAGGGGCAGGCCUGGAGGAGCAAGAGGAUGACGGCGGCAUGACCCCAGGCUCUCUGCCCCACGCUUUGCCAGAGGCUGUGGUCCGUGAAUGGCUGCGCAACAUCCCAGGGGAGCCCAUGCCCAUGAAAUAUGAGAUGGUAAAUGAGAGCACGGAUGGGUCUGGGGAUAGCCAGGAAGGUGCCAUGGAGGUCCCUGUUGAGAAACAUUCCCUGGGAGGCCUGGAGGAACAAACCCAGGCCAGAAGACCGCAUCUGGAAGGGAGCACCAGUGAGAAAGCAGAACCAGACGACAGGACCCUCCCAGGGAUGGGUGAUGCUGGUCCCCAGUCAGGAGAGGGUCUUCCUCACGGUGGCGUUUCAGAAGCCCCCAAGGAGGCUGGAACAGGAGAAGGGAUGGCUGAGGGCUGUGGCAUGGGACAGUGUGUGCUGCCCCGCAGGGUGUCUGCCUCCAUACAGAUCAUGAAGGUGCUGAUGGGCUCUAAGCAGGGCCGGCCCAGCAGCCUGCCCGAAGUGUCCAGCUCGGUGGGCAGGAGGCUCAGCCACUCCGCCCAGGCUCUCAUCACCUGUCUCACCAGGCUCCACUUUUUCGAUGAAGACCUUGGGUCUCCCACCAGCAAAGUGAGGUUCACAGACUCUCCUCAGUACCAGGAGCUCCUGAGCACCUUCCAGGCCCUGUGGCCGGGGUGUGGCCUCCGGCGAGGUGAGCCGGACUCGGACCUCGGGGAGCCCGAUGGGUGCCAGGCUCUGCCGGGCCUCAGGUCCCACACUGUGACUGAGGACUUCACGCCAACGUCCUCAUCUGGCGUGGAUGUUGGCAGUGGCUCUGGAGGCUCGGGGGAGGGCAGUGCACCCUGUACCGUGGGCUGCAUCCUAGUCCCCGAAAGGAUAGAACUGCCCUUGAAAAUCCCCGGCCAGAGACCUGAUUCCAGAACCUCAGAGAACCCAGUUGAUCUGGGAAACCAACAGCCUAGUGGUUCCAUGGCCUCCUCGAGUCCCCAAGCAUGGGUCUGCGCCACCGGGAAGGAUGGGGCAGAAGGAAGCAGCGGGGAGCAGACACUGGGCAGUAACCUGGACCAAGUAAUUGAAAACACGAUGCAAGAAGAUGCAGUGCAAAUAGAGAAGAUAAAAGAAGAAAAAGAAAGAGCAGAGCCGCAAGGACAGGGUAUCAGUAGAUUUCCAGAAGAGGGAAGAGACCUGGGACAAGAACCAUCAGGGGCUGGCUCUCAAGAUAGGGAAGGUGCAUUGGAAGACGAGAGUGUGCAGGAAGAGACGGGAAGAGACCCUGCCUUUGCCAUGCUGCACCCUCCAGGGAGGAGAGAAAAAUGGACAGAAACCCUUGGGAGCCUCAGGGAGAAGGACUCAAAUGCCAGUGGGAGUCAAAGUGGUCCCAACGCUGAGACCAGUUUGGAGAAGCUGCCCACGGCAGCUGAAACAAACCAUGAGCAAACCCAGGCCAAGUUCACCCAGGGGGCUGGGGAGAAGGGCACUGCUAUGGCUCACAGAGCAACUCUGGACCCUGACCCGCUCUGGGUUUCCAAGUUACUGAGGAAGAUGGAGAAGGCCUUCAUGGCCCACCUGGCCAGCGCCACGGCUGAGCUCCAAGCCCGCUGGAGCCUGCAGAGCAACGACCUGCUGGACCAGAUGGUGGCUGAGCUGCAGCAGGAUGUGGGCCAGCGACUUCGAAACAGCACAGAGAAAGAGCUCCGGAAGAUCCAGAGCCGGGCAGCAGGGAAGGCCCUGAGGCCCCCGAGGGUAGCCCUCAGGUGGGAGAUAUCCCUGCAGACAGAGCUGCGUAGGCGUCGCCUCCAGGGCCUGCGUAACCUCUCGGCCUUCUCUGACCAGAUCCGGGUCUGGGGUCCACCCUCCUCCUAUCUGGAGGACACGCCACCUCUCAGCAGAGCCCUGGAGACCUGGCCGGGUGGGGAAGCUGAAGGGGACGAGUUCUGUCCCUGCGAAACCUGUGUGAAAAAGAAAGUGACCGCUGUGUCCCCAAAGGACACAAUAGGCGUAGCCAGUGCACCCAUUAAAGAGGCCUUUGACCUGCAGCAAAUUCUGCAGAAGAAGAAAGGAGGAUGUGCUAAUGGGGAGACAGCAGCAGUGGCCCCUGAGAAUACAGGGAUGGAGCCGCUUCAGAGGGACCCCUCGGGGACAGGGGCUGUCCAGGGAGCUGAUGGAGGCCUGAAGCUGGGGUCAGGCCGGGGCUCUGGGGUGGAGGAGGGGGAUGAGGGUGAGGGCAGGCAGUCCCUGGGCAGAGAUGAAGAUCUGGGGAGGGGAGAGAAGGGUGUGGCUACUCAGGAGAUAGAAGGGAACAGAGAUCCCUGUGUAGACUGCCCCCCAGAGGCCAUGGAGCGGGAGAAGCAGGGAGUAGGUGCCAAGGAAGAGAACAUAGAGGAGGGCUGUGGGGCUGAGGACAGUGUGCAGGGUGAAGCCUCCGGAGGGAGUGACCAACGUCUAGGAGGACAGAAUGAUGGUGCUGACAGCUUAGAGGCCCAGGAAACUGAAGGGGAGAGACAGCCAGAGUCCAAAGGAGGAAAACAAGGUGAGAAAGGGAGCCCACAGGCUGGCCCCAGAUGGGGUCAGUCAGGUGAGGCUUCUGGACACAGCAACCCAGACCAAGAGGGGAGGCCCACGCCACCCCCUGCCCCAGGUGGAGACGCCCCCCACCAAACGUCAGGCCCCAAAACAGGCCUUUCCUCGUGCAGCACAUCAUCUCUGGGCAACUGCUCUCAGCUCUCCCAGAAAGGCUCUGAAGAGGAGCCGUCAGAUGGAGACAUGAGGACCACUGGAGAUGAGCCCAAGGGAGUCCCUUGUCCAGAGAGAAAAGUCACAGGCAUGUAUCCACAAAGCUCCACUUCAGAGCAAGAAGGGGCCCGUUCGGGCUCAAGGACUCCAGAGCGAGGGACAGACAAAGGUCUGACUCCGGAGACGGGGGCAGGCCAAGGCUCUGACUUAGAAGCCAAGAAGGUAGUUAAAAGUCUCACACGGACAGAAAUGAGGUUCCAAAACCUCACCAUGGACAGGACAGAUGGCUUUGGCCAAGAUGAUUUAGAUUUCUAG